AUGGUACUAAAAAUAUCACUAUCCCAGCGUGAUCUCUUGUCUGCAGACAUGCAUUCAAUUGGUUCAAGUCAUGACUUCACAUUACCGUUGAAAACUAUGAAUUCCUGUCGGACAUGGCCAGCUGAACAUACUGGUCUAUAUCAUCGAACUAAUCCUUACGCCGCGCAAAAGUCAACGAAUGAUGAAAUUCUUCUGGACAAGUUUCAUUGCGAUACACAAGUCAAAUUAGAAACAGGAGAAGCGAAGAAUAUUCAGCAUAUGACAAGCAACGAUUUUCUAAUCAGUAGCAAACAAAGUCAACAAUACUCGAGUCUGCUAGCGCGUGUGGAUUACAUUGGUUCGAUAGAUAAAUCAACGGGUAAGGUGGAAUUGAAAUUCUAUAUCAAUGAACUUCAAAAAACGAUAUCAUACCAUGUCCUACAAGAAAUGCCGUUUUUCGUUUAUCAAUACUCUUGUUGGUCAUCGGUGUCACCUAAACAUACACAUCUUCUUUGCGGAUUGAAUUGUCGACAAUUAGAAUGUGGAGAUUUGAUUAUCGCUAUCACAGAAUAUCCAAAUAUGUCAUCGAAGAAGCGAUUUAAACCUGAUUAUACUCAACAAUCUCCAACUAAGUGUCUGGUUGAAAGAUAUAUGAAUGAGAAUAUCUCCUCUGCAUCGAAAGAUAAUCUUCUUUUAAAAAAGCCAUCAAUUUUCCCUAUCAAAUAA